GACAUCACAGCUGCUAUAGAGGAGAGAUAGCUCCGUAUCCUGCACUGGUGACAUUUCUUUACUGCACUCUUUUCCAUCUGUCACACAGAACCCCGUAGCAGACGCCUGCAUUCUAAGGAUCAUCUCGUCUCUGCAUCAAAAAAAGGAUAGAAAUAGUUUUUGGGGAUUGUUAUGAAAGCUAUUUGGCAUUUUCAUUCUAACACACCUGCUAAAAUCUGCUAUUUUUAGCAAUUAGAAUUCAUGCCUACUUUAUUUUUUUAAAUCUUCCUGAACCUGUUCACCAAGGUAACGGAUACAGAUAUAGACCUGAAGGAUACACACACUACUGGAUCUGUUACUGCUGCAGUGCUGCUUCUAUGAGUACAGAUGGGAUUUAUGUCUUCUUUGGAAGUAUGGAGUUCAACUAAAUUGGUUAUUUAUUAGUAAAUAUCUAGGUGACAAAAUAUUUCCUUUGCCUAAGUCUAUACUAUCGUCCUAUUGUUUGUUCAAGACCCGAAAAAGAGUUGUACUUAAAUGCACAAUGAACAGGACGGAUUCUGCAGAACAUGAUCUAUAUAUUGCAAGAGUGGAGUACUAGGAGCGGUGGCUAUCCCAGCAUAAGAUCUCAUAGCUGUACACUGCAUAAGCAAGCCAAGGCUGGAAGGUCUUUCACCCUAUUUGUUUUUACUAUCUCUUCUGAUGAUGGAAAUGUGCUUUAAAGGCAGGUUUAAAGGGUAUUUUGUAUGGGCCCUUUUUGACUGUGAGGGACCUGUGCUGUAUCAGGCAAUACCGAACUCUGCACAUUUGUGGUCUGUCCAGCACUGAGAACAUAGACGUGGAUAUGAGUUUACCCACAGACUGUGGGUUUCUGGCUCUUACAGACUGCGGAGGGCGUAAGAUAUACAAUGGACAUGUAUAUGGGUCACCAUGUGCAGUCAACAGACCCAUUGAUAUUGUUCAAAGGCGGAGACGCUUUGACGUUGAGAAUGGCUUAUCAGCAGGCAGAAGCCCCUUGGAGUCUCAAGCUAGUCCGGGAUCUGGCCUGGUUCUUCAGGGCAACUUCCCUCAUAGCCAGAGAAGAGAGUCCUUUCUAUACCGUUCAGACAGUGACUAUGACCUCUCUCCUAAAGCCAUGUCCAGGAACUCAUCUAUUGCCAGCGACUUGCAUGGAGAAGACAUGAUAGUAACUCCUUUUGCACAGGUGCUGGCCAGCCUGCGAACUGUGCGGAACAACUUUGCAAUGUUAACUCAUCUCCAGGAUAGAGUAUCUAACAAGAGAUCAUCUGGCAGCAACCCACCCACAGCCUGUAAGCCAAACUUGUCUGAGGAUGCCGUUCAGAAACUGGCCAUCGAAACUCUGGAAGAGUUGGAUUGGUGUCUGGACCAAUUGGAGACUCUACAGACCAGGCACUCAGUCAGUGAGAUGGCCUCAAACAAGUUUAAGAGGAUGUUGAAUAGAGAACUGACACACUUGUCUGAAACAAGUCGCUCUGGAAACCAGGUGUCUGAAUAUAUAUCUAGUACCUUUCUAGAUAAGCAGCAUGAAGUGGAAAUCCCCUCUCCGACUUCGAAAGAGAAAGAAAAGAAGAAAAGGCCCAUGUCUCAAAUUAGUGGCGUCAAGAAGCUGACACACAGUUCCAGCUUCACCACCUGCAGUAUCCCGCGUUUCGGUGUGAAGACUGACCAUGAACCGCUUCUAGCUAAGGAAAUAGAAGAUGCAAAUAAAUGGGGUCUGGAUAUAUUUAAGAUAGCUGAAUAUUCUGGAAACAGGCCUUUAACAGUUAUCAUGUACUCAAUCUUCCAGGAAAGAGACCUCCUAAAAACCUUUAGAAUUCCCGUGGACACUUUUAUCACAUACAUGAUGACACUGGAGGAUCAUUACCACGCGGAUGUGGCCUACCAUAACAACAUCCAUGCAGCAGAUGUGUCCCAGUCCACCCAUGUCCUGCUUUCUACUCCUGCUCUAGAGGCUGUGUUCACUGAUCUGGAAAUCAUGGCUGUAAUCUUUGCUAGUGCUAUUCAUGAUGUGGAUCACCCUGGAGUGUCAAAUCAGUUUCUUAUAAAUACCAACUCGGAGCUGGCACUGAUGUACAAUGAUGUGUCUGUCUUGGAGAACCACCACCUUGCAGUGGGAUUUAAGCUCCUUCAAGAAGAGAAUUGUGACAUAUUCCAGAAUUUGACCAAGAAGCAGCGCCAAACAUUAAGGAAAAUGGUCAUUGACAUGGUACUGGCUACAGAUAUGUCCAAACACAUGAAUCUACUGGCUGACCUAAAAACCAUGGUGGAAACUAAGAAAGUGACCAGUUUGGGAGUCCUGCUGCUGGAUAAUUACUCUGAUCGCAUACAGGUUCUUCAAAAUAUGGUCCACUGUGCAGACCUCAGCAAUCCGACCAAACCCUUGGAGCUAUAUCGCCAGUGGACAGAUCGGAUCAUUGUAGAAUUUUUCCAUCAGGGUGAUCGGGAGCGGGAAAAGGGAAUGGAGAUCAGUCCCAUGUGUGACAAGCACAAUGCUUCUGUUGAAAAAUCACAGGUGGGUUUCAUUGACUACAUUGUGCAUCCUCUGUGGGAGACUUGGGCAGACUUGGUGCACCCUGAUGCCCAAGACAUUUUGGACACAUUAGAGGACAAUAGGGAGUGGUAUCAGAGCAUGAUACCUCAGAGUCCAUCCCCUCCCCCAGAAGAGCAAGAUCCAGAUAGGAGCUCAGGAGGAGACAAGUUCCAGUUUGAACUGACCCUGGAGGAAGAAGGAGAGUCUGACACUGAGCAGGAUGACACAGAGAGCCCAGUUGAUGAGGAAAACAGUGACUCAAAGACCCAAAUCACAGAUGAAUCAGCCCAGGGUAGUGAUGAGGCUGAUCAGCCUUCCCCAGGAGACACAUGCAGGAGUGUUUCCAGCAAGCUUGAUCGUUUAGAACUCCCAUCCAAGAAUACGCUAACCAAACAGAAAAGAGUCUUGAACUUUGAUAACCUGAAAUUAACGGCAGAAAGGACGCUACCACAAAUGGACACUAGCACCACGAGGGCUGCACCUGCUAACAUGGCCAAGCAGGAGACCAUUGGCAAAGCAGAAGUCUGUUUUGACCAAGAGGGAAACAUCACAUAUCUUCCUUUAGGAACGUAACAUCAGAUUGUCACACCACUGUUUUAUUUUUAUCCACGCACACUUUGCAUUUUAUUUUUGUGGAGGAGAGUUGGAAUUUUUUAUGAAAAACAAGUAUUUAAAAAGGAAAAAAAAAUUAAAAAACAAAUGACAGAACUGAUAUCAUAAGAAACAUCUUGUUGCCAAAAUCAGUGGAACUGCAUGGGAGAGCAUGGUGAAAUGUCACUUGGUUUUAUUUCAUUUUACCGUUGGCAGACAAGCAAUGACUUACAGACGCCGUGCUGCCAGCGGAUAACUGUUCUUUCUGGUAAGAAGGGACUAAAAGGGAAACUAUAGCUAAAAUAUUUGCAGUUAUUUGUAAAAGUUUACAUACCCUAGCACAGGCUUUUGCUACCUGUGACUCUCUAGCUGCCCUUGAACUACAUGGCCAAGCAUGCCCUGCACGUCCUGGAAUUUGUAGUUUAACAGCAGAUUAGAAAGACGUAGUUUGCCUGUGUCUGCCUUAACAAAACGUUCCACUUUAUUUCCUGAAGAGCAACACAAGUGAUAGUGAUGUAUGUAAACUGGUACACCUAUAGCUAUGAAUGUUCAAAUAUCCUCAUUAAUAUGGGGGUAGCUUAUGUUUCUGUUAUAGUUUUCCUCUUUUUGUCAUUGCUCUGUGUGAUACUAAUGGCUCUAAUGCAGAAUGCAGGCCUCCAAUGUAUGAAGUUGCUUGGAAGUGUGUGUUCCUCCCCCCUCGCCCCCCUUCCACAAGACUGUGUUAUAUGCUGCCAUAACCAAGAAUAUGUUGCAACCAGAUUUAAAUACUUCCACAUUAUGUUGAAUUCAUCUUACAUUUCCUCAUCUGAUAUCACAUUUACUUAAUAUUAAUUGUACUUUCCCGUAUGUUCUUUUAAUAACUCCCCAAGUCAGGCAUCCACAAUCUGUGGCUCUCCAGCUGUUGUUAAACUACACAUCCCAGCAUGUCCUGCCACAGUAUUAGCAUUCCCUAAUAGCAAAAUGCUGUAAGGCAUGCUGGGAGCUGUAGUUUCACAACAGCUGAAGGGCCACAGGUUGGCCAGGCCUGCCCUAAGUCUUUGAUUCCAGACUGUACCCUAUUUCAUUCCUUUACAAUUCUUUAGUGAGGGCUCCUAACAAUGCUGAGUUUCUAUGCUGGGAUCUACAGUGUGACUGUCUUCUCAGAAAUGAUAUAUAGUCAUUUGUAUAAUAACAUGACUAAAUGCUCUGCAGUUCAUAACAACCAAUCAUACCAUCCAGAUUGGUAUUCAUUUUCUAAAUUGUCCUCAAAUUAUCACAGAUAUAUAUGAGCCCUACACAUUUGUCAAUCCGCCGCCGAGCUGCCCGACGGCGGAUACGGGCGACCCGGCGGCAGGGGGGAGUGAAGAAACCCGGCUCCAUAGCAGUGCAGGCAAAUAUGGACGAGAUCGUCCAUAUUGGCCUGCAUGCACAGGCGACGGGGCAGCAGCACUGAACGAGCGCGGGGCCGCGCAUCGUUCAUCGCUGGUGCCUCCAUACUGCACGAUAUGAACGGUAUCUCGUUCAUUAAAAUGAACAAGAUCGUUCAUAUCUUUCAGUAUUCUCGCCCAGUGUAUAGGGCCCACUAGUCUAAUUGACAGCAGAUUUAUGCACAUUGCCCUAUGCAAUGUAGACCCAAUGUAUAUUUACUGGCACUUGCAUUUAGGGGUAUAUUUAUUACACAGAGGGUUUUCAAAACAGCGGCUUGUUUUUAUUAACAUUACUGCUUUAACUCUAGUGGUGAAGGCCAUAAAUUUGGCGGAUUUGAAAACCUUGCGCCAAAGAGAAGAGGUGUCAAAUCUGCAUCAAAGGAGACUCAGGGUGCUUCCCACAGGACUUCCUAAAGCAUAUGAACCAACCAUAGCUCUUUAGGAACCAUGGGGGAAAUGUAAUAGGAUGGGGGAAUCGGAAAGUGAGACAUUUUGUGAGAGUUCUCCUGUUUGUUUGUUUUUAAAGUGGCAAUCAUGUACAUGGAAAAAACAGGUUGAUUUUGCCAUGUAAAUGAUUGCUACUUUAAAAAAACAGGAGAACUCUCCCAAAAUGUCUCACUUUCUGAUUAUCACACCAUAUUACAUCCCCCCCCCCCCCCCAUAUCUUCACCUACAGAUGUGAAAACCUGCUGUUUAGUAACUAUUCUGUUGUUUUUAGUCUGAACGCUACAUUUGUAAUGGGUUACACUGUUUAAACCUUCCAAGCAACUACAAACAUUAGGUUGUAGAUCGGUUUCUCAGUGAAACUAAAAACAUAAAAAUGAAAUCCGAUAUAAGAGAGCUUAUCGCAACCGCAGAGCCACAGAGAUUCCCUGCACUUCAUGUUAGACGUUUUACUGUGAGAGCGCACGGAUAUAAUCCAGUAUUUAAUCCCCAAUAUAUGGGCCUUGACAGAACUUCUUGGACUGAGGUCAGUGUCACUUGGCCAAGUGUGUUACUUUUUGUCACCAUACGCGGCCAAACAUGUCUGGGUCUUUGACAGCAUUGGAUUAAUAUUGGUGUCCGCAUUUGUGUAUGUGCUAUUGGGUAUCUAAGUUUAAUUCUUCUAUGAUACAAAGCCUCUAAGGAUUAUGCAUAACAUGGGUCUUUGGCUUUAUUGUUCCAUGUUAAAAACCUUCCUGAUAAUGGAAUGUUGGGGGGAACAGGUGUCUUCUACGUGUGACACACUCAUGUAGGAACACUCGAUUUUCUAAACCUCAGGGUAUGGUGGAAAUGUUGUAUGUACGUACUGACAGAUCGAUGUGUAGCAGUCAGCUGACGGGUGUUCUUACUUUUCUUUUAACUCAAAUGUGACACAAAGUGGAGCGAUUAAUUUAUUAUAGGAGCACUUUUGCACAGUUGGAAGGGUAAAGCAAAUGUAGCAACUAAUCAUUCAUGGACUUCAUUUUAAUCUGCAAACUUGGUUCAGAAUUGGAUUGGUAGUCCCAUAAAGCUCUGGAUUUGGAGUUUUCCAUCAAAAAAAUUUUUGUGGAAAAUACUCAAGCAACAGCGCAAACUAUUUAUCAAAUGGAGAAAAAAAUUUUUUAGUCUGAUUUAUAGAUUCUCCCUAUUUAUCAAUCCCUGCAUCCUGGGAGCUCUCGUGGUAGCAAAUGUUAGCACUCCCAUCUGUGCUGGUGCCUUCUCAUGAUGGCGAUAGCAGAUAUGGCGUACCAAGGAAUGUCCUUCAUAUUCAGAUAUAGCAUUUUUACUUCUUAAGCCUAUAUUUACAUUGGCCCUCAUUCCGAGUCGUUCGCUCGGUAAUUUUCAUCGCAUCGCAGUGAAAUUCCGCUUAGUACGCAUGCGCAAUAAUCGCACUGCGCCAAGUAAUUUUACAAUGAAGAUAGUAUUUUUACUCACGGCUUUUUCUUCGCUCCGGCGAUCGUAGUGUGAUUGACAGGAAAUGGGUGUUACUGGGCGGAAACACGGCGUUUUAGGGGCGUGUGGAUAAAAACGCUACCGUUUCCGGAAAAAACGCAGGAGUGGCCGGAGAAACGGGGGAGUGUCUGGGCGAACGCUGGGUGUGUUUAUGACGUCAAACCAGGAACGACAAGCAGUGAACUGAUCGCAGAUGCCGAGUAAGUCUGAAGGUACUCUGAAACUGCUAAGUAGUUUGUAAUCGCAAUAUUGCGAAUACAUCGGUCGCAAUUUUAAGAAGCUAAGAUACACUCCCAGUAGGCGUAGGCUUAGCGUGAGCAACUCUGCUAAAUUCGCCUUGCGAGCGAUCAACUCGGAAUGAGGGCCAUUGUUUUUUGUUGGGUUGUUGUUUUUUUUUUUUUUUGGGGGGGGGGUUAUUUAUUCUGCACCUGUAGCUGAAAGCAUGAGAUCAGAUCCCAAUUGUGUGCUCAGAUCCGAUCGGACUGACUGAGCAUCUCAUCUGCUUCAACAAUUUUUUUAUUUAUUUAUGUAGUAGAAUCACCUUGAAAAGAAUUGGUCAGCGAUAAUAAAACCAUCUUUUUGGUGUUAUUUGAUAAAUAGGCCAAGCGUCUGUCAUAUGCUCCAAUCAAAUUCCAGCUGCUUAAGCAAGAGCAAACUAUUAGCAGAUUAUUUAGAGAUGGACACAGCCGCUGCAUUCACAUGUAGCGGCCACAUCCAUAGGGUCUGCGCAUGCACACCGACCAUAGUGUGCAUGCGCGACCCUUCACCAUGCGAUUGCAUCUUGGAAGGAUGCAAUUGCAUGGUGAUUAAUUGGUGUCCGGGGGCGGCAAAGCAGUGUUGAGGGGAGGAGGACAGGAAACGCAGGCGUAUCAUGGCCAUUUUCAGGGGCGGCCGAUGACAUUGCCUGCGUUUCCUGGGAUAGGAAACAUGGCGGCGGUGCCCCUACCUAUGCAGCCUUGGUCAGCCUCUAUUCACCCAGCAUGUGUAGCGCUGCCCCACGAUGCAAUCCAGAUCAAUUGCGAUUGCAUCACGGGGUGGCGCCACACAUGCUGGGUGGCCUUGCCAAGUGCUGGGUGGCACCCAGUAUGUUAGUAUAUGGUCCCAGAUUUUGCUGCAAGAGCAAAAUCUGCGACCAACUCUGAAUAGCCCCCACACUGCCAUUUGUUGGCAGUAACUAAAAUAUUUCACCAUAGGAGCCUAAUAACUGCUAGAUCAGAUUAACCUUAUAGCCAGCCCCCACCUGGAACAUUGAAACAGAGAGUAUCCAUAAUGUGCAUUCAUUUAUCUCUGUCUAUACAUAAUGUUGUUGGCACUGUAAAAUAAAAACGGGUGUGGGAUGCUAGAUAGACAGUGCCUAGUUAGACAGUCAAUAGAUACACCACAUGUUAGACACAUUAGGUCGACAGGGUCAGAAGGUCGAUGUGAAAAGGUCAACAUGAAAAUGGUUGACACAAAAAAGGUAGACACCAUUUUUGGGGCAUUUUUGUGGUUUGUGUGGAUAGUUUUGGAUAGACCCUGUUGCGGUGCUAUUUGAACUAAAAAGAUCAAAUAGCAUGCAAUAAUUGCACCGUGUGUGGGCACCAUAACAUGUGGUGUCUAUCUAUUAACUGUCUAACUAGACACCGUCUAUCUAUCAUCCGGAUACCAAUAAAAAUUCAGAUCCUUCUAUUACCCAAAGAGAGCUACCAAAUUGAGAGUAUAAAUGUGUGUGUUUUCAGGGCUUACAUAGUGGAAGAUGUUCCAUUUGACUUGAAAAAUAAGAACACCUGCAGAAGAAAAAUGGUCUCCAAUUUAAUUUAUUGUGCUAAAGUUUCACUUUAUUUUAGUGUAUUUGUAGUUCACUUUGAACCAAACCACAAUUCUGUGCACACUUCUCUUGUCUCUGAUCUAACCUUACUGUGAUUUGCACUCAAAAUGCUGCAUUACUAUAACCUUGCACUUCUCAGCAACAUCAGUGGAAUGAUGCCGCUCAGGCAGAGGGAUAACAUGCUGGGUGAAAGGCUGCAGUGGGUGUUAAUGGCAUCUUUCCUCUUCAUCAGACCAGAUAUUUGUGAAAUAAUCUUGUACAAUAGCCAGUGACAAAGGACAUAUUUUAUCGAAAAACACUACUUUUUAUAAUAAGUGGUGGCCAAGCUUCAUUUAAGUAGAAAACAUUUUAUUGAUUAACUAGAAAGAAAAAUACAUAAAUACGGGACUAUACGUUAAAUGUGCAGACGAGGAAUGUUUACAGUUUCUACACACUACAGGUUUCAUUGCUGUUUUAUACAGUGACCUUCACGCUUUUGAAGGACAAACUGAUUGCUGAAUGCUGCAACGUUCACACAGCACAAAUGUCUAUACCUUAUGUGAGGAAGGCUCUAUAGUCACACAGGGUUUUCUUUUCCUCUGACUCUGAGCUCUGUAAAGAUGCCUAUAACACCUCAUUAAAGCAGCUUUUCACAGCAGUUUGAUGGGUGGAAACUCAUGAAGGUCCUUUUGUUAGCAACAGAUCAAAAUAGGUAAGCCAUAGAGGACCUAAGUGUAAAGAUGAAUAUGUGCCAUUUAUUACUGCUGCAAUAGUGAACAAUUGUUGAUCAUUAUUGUGUGUAAGCCUCUGAUUAAUAAAAGGACUAAGAUAUUGAACUUCUUAUUGAAUUCUAUUCAUGCAAUUGAGCUGUGAGAGGUUUAUAUAUAAGGUACCUUUUAUAAAUCAAGGCCUAAGUUUCUUUUAGAAAUGUCACAAACCAUAUGUGUUUUAUUAUUUUUCUUAAUAAAAUACUUUAUCUUUUUUG